AUGGCCGCUCAGAAAGUCGCUGGUGUCCUAGGUGCUACAGGCUCCGUUGGUCAACGUUUUAUUCUGCUACUUGCUGAUCAUCCAGAUUUCGAAUUAAGAGUAUUGGGUGCCUCUCCAAGAUCCGCAGGUAAGAAGUAUGUCGAUGCUGCUAACUGGAAACAAACUGAUUUGAUGCCAAAGUCUGCUGAAAAUAUUAUCGUCUCUGAUUGUUCUUCUGCUAAUUUCAAAGAUUGUGAUAUUGUCUUUUCUGGACUAGAUGCUGAAUACGCUGGUCCAAUCGAAAAGGAAUUCGUCGAAGCCGGCAUUGCAGUUAUCUCUAACGCUAAAAACUAUAGAAGAGAAGAGGAUGUCCCAUUAGUGGUUCCAAUCGUUAACCCAGAACAUUUGGAUAUUAUUCAACAAAAACUGGACACCGCUAAGCAAGCUGGUAAACAAAGACCAGGAUUCAUUGUUUGUAUCUCUAAUUGUUCCACCGCAGGCCUUGUUGCUCCUUUGAAACCUUUGGUCGACACCUUCGGUCCUAUUGAUACUUUGACUACCACUACUUUACAAGCCAUCUCCGGUGCAGGUUUCUCUCCAGGUGUUCCAGGGAUCGAUGUCCUAGAUAAUAUCAUCCCAUACAUUGGUGGUGAGGAAGAUAAGAUGGAAUGGGAAACUAAGAAGAUUCUUGGUUCUUUAUCUGCCGAUAAAUCUCAUGUCGAAUUGUUAAGCCCAGAAGAAUUGAAGGUCUCUGCUCAAUGUAAUAGAGUUGCUGUCUCCGAUGGUCACACCGAAUGUAUCGCUUUGAAAUUCAAAAACAGACCAGCUCCUUCUGUCGAACAAGUAAAACAAUGUCUAAGAGAUUACGUCUGUGAUGCUUACAAGAUGAAAUGUCAUUCUGCUCCAGAACAAACUAUUCACGUUCUAGAACAAUCAGACAGACCACAACCAAGAUUGGACCGUAACAGAGAUAGAGGUUACGGUGUCUCCGUUGGUAGAGUCAGAGAAGAUCCUGUAUUGGAUUUCAAGAUGGUUGUGCUGUCUCACAACACUAUUAUCGGUGCUGCUGGUUCCGGUGUAUUGAUCGCUGAAAUCCUAUUAGCAAAGGGCAUGAUCUAA